CCCUCUCUUUUACAGCGACAGACUCCCCUCCCCCUUACCCCCCCUUUUUUCUGAUCACCUGAGACCAUCGCCUCCCUGCCGCUGCCGCCUCCUCACCGCAGCAUCUCCGGUCUCUCUCCCUCUCUCCGACUUUCCGUUCGAUUUCAGCGCAAGUCAAAGAGAAGCAGGAGGCUGUGUAAUCGCGAUUGGAGCUCCACCUGCGAUUCCGGGCACCUGAGUGCGAGUCACGCCGACCUGAGCUCCUUGCUCCGUCCCUUCGCCGUUCAUCUUCUCUCUCCUCUUCCGGCGAGCGCAGCAAGAGUGAGCUGCGAUUUCACUUCGAUUGGCAGACUCCUUCAGCGCUACCCUCUGCUUCUCCGGCAAGACCAACUAAAGACCGGCCGAUUAGACCCUUCCCUUGUCGCUAAAAGCUUCGCCGGCCACUGUUUUCGUCAGUUCCGAUCAAGCUAACGCCGGCAGAGCCGGAUUUUGGGUAUUUGGGUUACCACCGAUGACUUGAACCGGAAAUUAUUCAACUUCCGAUGCAUUUUGUAGCCAGGAAAUACGUUUUCGUCUUUGUAUUGGUGCCUCUCUCCAGCUCUCCUAUUUUUCUGGGUGUCAAGUCUUGUGAUUGAGGUUCAAACACGUACAAAUGGCGGGUUAGCUAGCAUCACUUUAAUCAAAGCCCAAAGCCAAAUAAAAGAAGGGUUUCUACUUUCUUCAUAAAUCUCAAGCUCUGCACCUCGCUUUCUUAACUCGCUUGAGACUCCGUACAGCUCUCUCUUGUUGCUUCCAGCUGCAGUCACUGUAAGUAAAAUUUGGCAUUUCUGUUGCUGGGGUUUUUAUCUAUCUUUGUCGAUUCAAUUUUUUGUGGUGUCAAUUACAAUUUCAUAUUUUUGUUGUAUAGCUACUUUUCUAUUGAUAUCUUGUUUGUAGAUCAAAAACCUAUACACAUAAAGAAAAAAAGAUGCCGCAUAGAACACGGCCUAUGACAGCACUUUUGGUGUUUACUGGACUCAAUGUCGUCUUGGUGUCAACUAUUACUCCUGUUUACGAUUUUGUUUGCUUUCUUCCUUACUGGGAAAGAAGGAGAGAACGCCGCCGCCAAGAACGUGAAGGCACUUUAACAAAGGGUUCUACAUGAAAAGGGACAGGUCUUUGAGGAUUCAACAAACUCGGGAGGAAAAUCAAUUGAGGAAUUGGAAUGCGACCUGAGUGACAAAGAUAGACGAAUUGCCUCAGCUGAAGACUGUUGAUGCGCUCUGUUCGUUACUUGAAAUUAUUAUUGUUUCUACCAGUGGGUAAAGAAUGAUACAGGAACUGCUGGUUAAUGUUAUUAUUAUACCCUGUGCUCCGAUGAAAAUUAAUUUCUUUUUCUGGGUUACUUUGGCUGCGAUUAGAGUUCAUAUAGCAUCAUUAUCUUGGGAACACUUUAAUACCACUGUGUUGUGUCAAAGCUCAUUAAUAAAGUUGAGAUACUUUUCCUUUUUUC